GGGGGGGAGCGGAGCGGCGGGGCGCGCCAUGGGGCUGCUGGAGCGCCUGCGGAAGGAGUGGUUCAUCUUCGGGAUCGUGCUGGUCAUCGCGGUGGCGCGGCUGGAGCCCGCCGUCGGCGUCAAAGGGGGAGCCUUGAAACCAGAAAUUACCAUAACUUACAUUGCUGUUUCAGCUAUAUUCUUUAACAGUGGACUCUCCCUAAAAACCGAGGAGCUGACAAGUGCUUUGAUGCAUGUGAAACUACACCUUUUUGUCCAGAUUUUUACACUUGUGUUCUUCCCAACAGCAAUAUGGCUCUUUCUUCAGCUAUUAUCAAUCACACCUAUAAAUGAAUGGCUUUUAAAAGGCUUGCAGACAGUAGGCUGCAUGCCGCCACCCGUGUCUUCUGCGGUGAUUUUAACCAAAGCUGUUGGUGGAAAUGAGGCAGCUGCUAUAUUUAAUUCUGCUUUUGGAAGUUUUUUGGGCAUCGUUAUAACUCCACUUCUGCUUCUGCUUUUUCUUGGAUCAUCAUCCUCUGUGCCUUUUACGUCUAUAUUCUCGCAGCUGUUUAUGACUGUUGUAGUCCCCCUUAUUAUUGGACAGAUUGUCCGAAGAUACAUCAAGGACUGGCUUGAAAGGAAGAAGCCUCCAUUUGGCACUAUCAGCAGCUGUGUGCUCCUGAUGAUCAUCUACACAACAUUCUGUGAUACUUUCGCCAAUCCAAAUAUUGACCUUGAUAAAUUUAGCUUGAUCAUAAUAGUGUUCAUAAUAUUUUCCAUUCAGAUGAGCUUCAUGUUUUUGACUUUCCUCUUCUCUACAAGGAACAACUCUAGUUUCACACCAGCAGACACAGUGGCUAUCGUUUUCUGUUCCACACACAAAUCCCUCACCCUGGGGAUUCCAAUGCUGAAGAUAGUAUUUGCGGGUUAUGAGCACCUGUCCUUAAUUUCCAUCCCCUUACUCAUCUAUCAUCCUGCUCAGAUUCUUCUUGGCAGUCUGUUGGUACCAACAAUAAAAUCUUGGAUGGUUUCUAGGCAAAAGGCACUGAAGUUAACCAGGCAGCCCAAAGCACCUGUGAAGGUAUAAUGAUGGAGAUGGCCUGCAUCGCAGUGAAUGUAUAUAUGUACUAUACUGUACACACAGACAAUUGAGACAACUGGGUAUUUGUGAAUGUUACUUCAGUACAUAUUUUAUUUUUAUAUAUAUAUAUCUUAAAAAGAUACCCAUUAAGUGCCUUACAGAUGCAUUUUUGGCAAAUUGUUUCCAGAAGCCACUUUGUUGGUUGCUGCAAGAGGUUGUACAGUAUUUUGGAGUCCUUUAGUUUUUAUUUUUCUAACAGUGAAUGGUCAUGACAGCAGCUGUUUCUUCCAUUAGCCCUGCUUUUAAAAACAGGGUGCAGCCGCUGUAAGUCUCUGUUUUGACCAGAAGCCUACCCCAUUGCUGGCUUAACCUAGAGAAAAGCCUUCUAAAGGCAGUGGUUUUUUUGAGAUUGACUUGAAUUUCUGUGUGACUCCGUUACACUCCCUAGUCAUAUGACUGUGACAUGCCUUCUUCUUCUGAGUUUGUGUAUACUCAGCAUGGGGCCAUCUAUUGGAUAGGAGCUGAGAAGCAUGAAUUAUUUGCAUUUGUUGACACAGUUGUCUAGACAUUCCUUCAAAGUUAAUGGUUUCUCAAGAAAAUUCUUUCAAUUCCAUUGUAUGAUAUUGUGCCAUUGUAUAUCUUAAAUGCCUCAUAAGCUUCUUCAAAGAAAUGGUCUGGUGCUUGGGUUAUGAGUGAAGUAUUUGUGUUUGCAGCUAGAAUAUCUUUUAUCAUUUAUCCCUGAAAAACACAAUUUUUUGUUUUUCUUUUUUCAUUUCCUUCCCCUGGUGCAAUGCAUGGAGAUCAGCAGUGACAGAAUUUAGGAUGCUAAUAUUGAAACAGAGCCUUUACUGUAGUAAGCCAAGCUAUGUUUUCUAUAUUGCUGCACUGGUAAUGAAUAAUAGCUUGUGAGGGACAAGAUAGGUGACAAUUAUUUUUUUUGCCAAUUAAAAGGAUCCUUAUAGUAACAGAAAUGCUAUAGUAGCUAAUUUGACAAUCAGUCACAACUCUUUAUAAAAUGUUACUCUUUUUAAUAAAUCUAUAUAAAAAAUUACAAAUUACUAUUUCUCAGCAGAGUGUUAAAGAGAAAGGACCACAGUCAUAUAUUUAAACAUAUAGCCAGCACUACUGCUUCUCUGGGAGAUUAAGAUUUCAGAAGCAUACUCUAGUCCCGACUCUGAGGUGUACCUGUUGGCAAAAAAAUGUGCUGGCAAUUGUGCAUUAAAACACUGAAAGAAGUGAAAGAAAUAGGUCAAACUGGGAUCGAUAUAAAUGCAGAAGUUUCAUGUGUGUCAUAGUUAACAUCUCAGUUAAUGGUGCAAUGGAGUGCAGACACCUAGGAGCAGAUCCUUAUCAGAUGUAAAUUAUCAUUGCUCUGAUAAGGCUAUAACCAUUUACACAAGCUGACAACAGGUAUGUGAAAUUCAAACCCUUUUGCUUUAGUGAACAAAAAAAAUUGUGUUUGGUUUACCUAGUCAGUUAUUCCUAGUUCAUUAUUCCUGUGAACUGCAGGAAAGUAAUCUGGUACCAAUCAUUGGUGCUUUACCUGAUAGUCAAGUCAGUGCAGAACUGGUCUGUUGCCAUCUCUGUGAGAAAUGACUGGGAGCUGACAGCAUCAUUGUGUUCAGAAUUGUCAUCAGCAAUACAGCGACCAUGUAACAAAGGUACGUGAAGUGGUAACAUGCUCAACUCUUUCAUUCCCUGGAGGGGGAUAAAGCUCUGCACACUAAGCAGGUAGAAGGGCUGAGGGACACUGUCUACUGCCCGUGUUCCCCAGGGCUGUGCUCUCUUCUCACUGGCCAGUGAUGCAAAGGGCAGUGGCUGUGAUCUCAACAGUUCUGGUCAGCACAUCCCUGGAUGGCAUAGUCAGAUCCACACACAGGCCAACCUGUGCGGUCAUUGGAGAGAGCGGCAUGUGUGUUCUUGGACCAAAUUGAAGGUUCCCCUUCCUUAAGCACACUAACCGGUAACUGGCUCCCUAUGGGAACAAAUUCCUCUGUCUGGGCUUAAAAACCUUGCUUGCAGCAGACAGUCCAGGCCCAGGACAGUUUAUUUUUGCUCAGUGUCCAAAAACCUGAAUUUCCAGAGUAUAUACAGACUUAAUCCCAAUCCCACUGACAUCAGGGACUCUUGGUUGGUUUUGAAUGGCAAAGCAACAGGCUCAGAAAGUGGGUUAGCUUUUUUUAAAUAUAUAGGAAAAGUUCAAGCGUUCAGUAACUUAACUGUGAUUGUGUCAAUGCUAAAUAGUCAGAACACUGCAAGUACCCUUACUGAGCUACCUCUACGUACUGAAUCUCUGACUUUCAGUACAUCCAACAAUUGGCUUAGAUUCCACUGAACACAUCCUUUUUUUCUUUGUUACAUUUUUUCUUCAUUUAAGAAUAUUUAAAACUGUUUUAAGGUGGAGUUUUGUUAGAGCCUUUACAAAGUCCUUGUUGAUUGUUUGGGGCAGCCUAAAUAUUAUGUAUGAGUGUUGGAGGUGUUGGUCUAAAGGGAAUAUAAAGCAAAACUGAAAUACAUAUUUUAAAUCUGUACUUAAUGAAAUUUAAUCAUGCAUAUCAAUUCUGUUAUGUUUAAAAGACUGUUAAAAUGUUUGCUUUAUGACUUCUUAAUAUGCCUGUCUUUAAUAAACAGAAUGGUUUUUAAUUUGA